GGGAGGGGCGGGGCGGGGGGUCAGUAGGGACCCCUUGGGAGUGGGGCAGGGAUCGCGCUGAUGGCGAUGAAGCUCGCGGGACGUCUCGCGCUGGUCACAGGCGGCGGCAGCGGCAUCGGCCGAGCGGUGUGCGUGCGUCUCGCUCGCGACGGCGCCAGCGUGGCCGUCGCCGACCUGAGCGCCGACGCGGCGGCCGCCACGGUGGGCCUCCUGCCGGCCGAGCUCCCCGGCCAGCGGCACGCGGCGCUCGCGGUGGACGUCGGGGACAAGGCGAGCGUCCAGGCGAUGCUCGCCCGGCUGCAGGAGCAAGCCGGCGAGCCUCCGUCCGUGUCCGUGAGCGCCGCCGGCAUCAUCAGGGACCAGAUGCUGCUGCGCAUGGAUGAGGAGGCGUUUGACCAAGUGAUUAGAGUCAACCUCAAGGGCACCUUCCUGGUGACUCAGGCCGUGGCCCAGUCCCUCGUGUCGGCGCGCGCCGCCUCCGGCUCCAUCAUCAACAUCGGCAGCAUCGUCGGCAAGGUCGGCAACAUGGGCCAGUGUAACUACUCCGCGUCCAAGGCCGGCGUGGAGGGCUUAACCAAGUCGACCGCCAAGGAGCUCGCGCGGUUUGGGAUCCGCUGCAACGCGGUGUUGCCCGGGUUCAUCGAGACGCCCAUGACUGCCGGGAUUCCUCCAAAGGUCAUGGAGAAGCUCAUCGCCGCUGUGCCAAUGAGACGCAUGGGGACGCCUGAAGAAGUAGCAGACGUCUGUGCCUUCCUGGCAUCCGAUGACAGUCGCUACAUAACCGGGGUCAGCCUGGAGGUCACAGGUGGCCUCUUCCUGUGAUGCAGCUGGGAACCCGGCCGCUACGACCGGAUCAAAUCGCAGAACGUUAACAACGAAUUAUUCAAUUAUCUGAUGCACAAUUGACGGUUUCUUAAACCGCUAGUCGUUAAUUCUCCUUCCGCGAGCGCACGGUUGGGUGCGGGGUGGCCGGGACAUGGCGGCGCAACAACGGAUUCUUGAAUCUAUCCGUGCGGAGCCCGGAGGGUCAUCACCCCCUCUGUAUAGGGCGCCACGGUGGCUAGGAGAUGUUACCGACCUCGCCUGGUGCGCAGGAGGUCGCGGGUUCGAUCCCGACCCCGACGCCUGCUGCCGUAUAUUUGGAAUCUGCGUGUCUCUCUCCCUCAUCAU